CAGACGAAGGGGAAGGAAGGAGAGAGGGAGGAGCAAAAAUACAGAAGUGAGUGAACAGCAGAAGCUGUCACUCAGUGAGCCGGAAAGCGACACAAAACGAGAGGUAGGGGGAGACAGUGACAGAGGGCGACAAGGAAACUGCGUGGAACCAGGUGAAGGCCCAGCUUUCAUUAUGGCACCUUGGACGAAGACCACCACGGAGAGAUAUGGCGUAGUUAAAUGGAAUUACAAAGCAAGUGGAGAGAAGCACCUAUCUCUGGAGGUUGGGGAUACAGUUCAGAUACAGGAGUCAUGUGAAGGCUGGUUCAGGGGUCACCUGACCAAAGACAAGAUGCGACAGGGUGUGUUUCCAGCCUGUGUCAUUCAGCUGAAGGAGGCGAUCAUUGAGAAUCAUGGGGGGCAGGAGCUAGUGACAUCUGCAGAAAUGCCUUUGGUGAAGGAGGUGACCACCACCUUGCGAGAAUGGGGAAGCAUCUGGAAACAGCUGUAUGUUGCCAAUCAGAAAGAUCGCGUGAAUCACGUACGCGGCUUAAUGUGGGAGCUGAUGGAGUGGCGUUCCCAGCUUCUGUCAGGCACUCUGCCAAGCGAUGAAUUCAAGGAGCUGAAACAGAAAGUCACCUCCAAAAUCGACUAUGGAAACAAGAUUCUGGAAUUGGACCUCGUUGUCCGGGAUGAGAAUGGGAAUAUAAUAGAGCCGGACAAGGCCAACGUCAUUAGCUUGUUCCACGCCCAUGAAGAAGCCACUGCCAAAAUCUCAGAACGCAUUAAAGAGGACCAGUCUAACGUUCAGGCAGAUCAUUCUGGGAUAUCGGCACGGAUCCAGUCGUCUCCCACCCACAGUCUGUAUGUGUUCGUCCGCAACUUUGUGUGCCGCAUCGGGGAGGAUUCUGAGCUAUUCAUGUCCCUGUACGAUCCCAACAAGCAGGCCAUCAUCAGUGAGAGCUAUCUUGUGCGCUGGGGGAGUAAAGGAUUCCCUCAGGAUAUUGAUAUGCUGAACAACUUGAAGGUGGUCUUUACUGAUCUGGGGAACAAGGACCUGAACCGUGAGAAGAUCUACCUGAUCUGUCAGAUCGUGAGAGUGGGACGCAUGGACCUCAAGGAAGGCAACAAGAAGUGUACCCUAGGUCUGCGGAGGCCGUUCGGGGUGGCAGUGAUGGACAUCACCGACAUCAUUAAGGGGAAGAUUGAGUGCGAUGAAGAGAAGCAGUACUUCAUCCCCUUCCAUCCUAUCAUGGCGGAGAAUGAUUUUCUGCACUCCCUGCUCAACAAGGUGACAGCUUCACGUGGAGACAGUGGAGGUCAAGGGCUUUGGGUGACCAUGAAGGCCCUGGUUGGGGACAUGGUGCAGAUUCGGAAGGAGUACCCGCACUUGGUGGACCGCAGCACCAUGGUGGCCCGAAAGCUGGGCUUCCCCGAGAUCAUCAUGCCCGGGGACGUCCGCAACGACAUCUAUCUGACGCUCUGCUGCGGGGACUUCGACAAGUACAACAAGACCACGCAGAAGAACGUGGAGGUCAUCAUGUGGGUGUGCGACGAGGAGGGGAAGGUGGUGCCGAAUUCCAUCUGCCUAGGAGCGGGAGACCGGCCUGUAAGCGAAUAUAAAUCUGUCAUCUACUACCAGGUGAAGCAGCCACGCUGGAUGGAGACCUUCAAGGUGGCCGUCCCCUUGGAGGACAUGCAGAGGAUACACCUGCGCUUCAUGUUCCGCCAUCGUUCCUCCCAGGAGUCGAAGGACAAAAGUGAGAAGAACUUUGCCAUGGCGUUCGUGCGUCUGAUGAAGGGUGACGGGACAGUGCUUCAGGAUGGAUUUCAUGACCUUGUGGUCUUCAAGGGGGACAGCAAGAAAAUGGAAGAUGUGUCCUCGUAUCUGUCUCUGCCCUCCACGCGUACGCAAGGGGAGAGUCACAAGAGCGGGACGUUGAUGCGGAACCCGAGCAGCGCUGGAGCACUAUCUGUCAGCUCCAGGGACAGCUUCACCAUAUCUACGCUGGUCUGCUCCACCAAGCUCACGCAAAAUGUCGGGCUGCUGGGACUUUUGAAAUGGAGAACAUGCCCAGAGCACCUGAAGGACAACUUGCUUAAGCUCAAGGUGAUUGAUGGAGAAGAAGUAGUGAAGUUCCUGCAGGACACGCUGGAUGCCCUCUUCAACAUCAUGAUGGAGCACUCGCAGACAGACGACUACGACAUCCUGGUGUUUGACGCCCUGAUCUACAUUAUAGGCCUGAUUGCUGACAGGAAGUUCCAGCACUUCAACACUGUACUGGAGGCUUACAUCAAGCAACACUUCAGCGCAACGCUAGCCUAUAAGAAGCUGAUGUCGGUGCUGAAGAAGUACCUGGACGUGUCCAGCCGUGGGGAACAGUGCGAGCCGAUCGUGCGCACUCUCAAGGCCCUGGAGUACAUCUUUAAGUUCAUCGUGCGCUCCCGCAUGCUCUAUUCUCAACUCUACGAAGGCAAAGAGCAGACGGAGUUUGAAGUUUCCCUCAGACAUCUCUUUGAGUCCAUCAACCAUCUGAUGAAGAGCGACUACCCUACCUCUCUCCUACUGCAGGUGGCGGCUCUCAAGUACGUGCCCAGUGUCCUGCACGACGUGGAGAUGGUGUUCGAUGCCAAACUGCUUAGUCAGCUCCUGUAUGACUUCUACACCUGCAUUCCUCCAGACAAGUUACAGAAGCAGAAAGUGACCUCAAUGACAGAGAUCGUGGGCAGCAAACUUUUCCGGAAACAAGAAUGCAGAGACAUCCUCCUACCCAUGAUGCUCCGAGAACUGAACGCAACCCUGAUGAGCAGGAUGCAGGAGCAAGUCAAGGAGGGAGACGGGCGGCACAACAGCGUGGAGCUGCUCAGCAACAUCCUGGAGGUGCUGAGCAGGACGGACGUGGGCAACACCUUCAAGCACAUAGAAGAUGUCGUGGCCACUCUUCUGAGACCCAUCAACAGCACUGUGAUCAUCAUGGGCCGAGAACAUCCUCUCAUUUCUCGGGUGGUAGCCUGCAUGACAGCGAUCCUCAGUCAGAUGGAUGACCGCCACUAUGCACGCUACAUUGAGACAUUCUCAGGCAGCUCGGAGCUGGUGGACUUCCUUAUGGAGACCUUCCUGCUGUUUAAGGAUCUCAUUGGAAAGCAUGUCUAUCCCUCUGAUUGGAUGGCUAUGAUAAUGGUGCAGAACAGAGUUUUCCUCAGGGCUAUAAACACCUAUGCCGACACCAUGAACCGUAAAUUCCUGGACAACAAAAAUUUCGAAGUGCAGUUAUGGAACAACUACUUCCAUUUGGCUGUGGCCUUCAUUACCCAGGAGUCCCUGCAGCUGCAGCACUUCUCACACACCAAGAGGAACAAGAUCCUGUCAAAGUAUGGGGACAUGAGAAGGUUGAUUGGCUUCGCUAUCCGGGACAUGUGGUACAAACUUGGGAACAACAAGAUCUGCUUCAUCCCCGGCAUGGUGGGACCCAUUCUGGAGAUGACCCUGAUUCCUGAGGAGGAGCUGAGAAGAGCCACCAUCCCCAUUUUCUUUGAUAUGAUGCUGUGUGAACACAGCCGGUCCAACCAUUUCAAAAAGUUUGAGAAUGAGAUCAUUCUGAAGUUGGACCACGAGGUGGAGGGUGGUGGAGGUGAUGAGCAGUACAUGGAGCUUCUGCAGACCAUUCUGCUGGAGUGUGCCUCACAGCACCCCCAACUGCUUGCCCAGGUGCAGCACUUUGUGAUGCUGGUGAAGGGGCUGCUGGAGCGGUUGCUGGAUUACAGGGCGGUCAUGAGCGACGAGAGCCGCAACAAUCGCAUGAGCUGCACCGUCAAUCUUCUGAAUUUCUACAAGGACAUCAACCGAGAAGCCAUGUAUAUCAGGUACCUCUACAAGCUGAGAGACCUUCACCUGGAUGUGGAGAACUACACAGAGGCCGCCUACACUUUGCUUCUGCACUCCCGUUUGCUGAAGUGGUCUGAGGAGCAGUGCAGUCCACAGAUGGAUUUCCCCAGCAACCAGACGCAGCGGCAGCUGAAGGAGGCCCUUUAUGACACCAUCAUCGGAUACUUUGACAAGGGCAAGAUGUGGGAGGAGGCUAUCGCUCUCUGCAAGGAGCUCGCGGAGCAAUUCGAGUUGGAAGUCUUCGACUACGACAUGUUGAGUCAGAGUCUGAAGCAGCAAGCAAAAUUCUACGAGAACAUCAUGAAGAUACUGCGUCCCAAACCAGACUACUUUGCUGUGGGCUACUAUGGAUGUGGAUACCCCCCAUUUCUCCGGAACAAGGUGUUUAUUCACCGGGGCAAGGAGUACGAGCGGAGAGAGGACUUCCAGAGUCAUCUGAUGAGCCAGUUUCCCAGCGCUGUGCGACUGAACACCACUACCCUGCCCGGGCCAGACAUCCGGAACUCCCCUAUGCAAUAUAUUCAGUGUUUCACGGUGCAGCCCGUCCUGGAAAUUCCCCCCCGCCUGAAGAACAAGCCUGUGCCUGACCAGAUCAUCAACUUCUACAAGUCCAACUAUGUCCAGCGUUUUCACUACUCCAGGCCUGUCAGAAAAGGCUCAGUGGACCCUGACAAUGAAUUUGCUUCAAUGUGGAUCGAGCGAACCACCUUCUACACAGCCUACAAACUCCCGGGAAUUCUGCGUUGGUUUGAGGCUACUUCCAUAUCACAUACUACAAUCAGUCCAUUGGAAAAUGCCAUUGAGACAAUGGAAACCACCAAUGAGAAGAUCCUGACUAUGAUAAACCAGUACCAGGGUGAUGAAGUCCUUCCCAUCAACCCCCUGUCCAUGUUACUGAAUGGUAUCGUUGACCCUGCGGUCAUGGGUGGAUUUGCCAAGUAUGAGAAGGCCUUUUUCACAGAAGACUAUGUUCAGCAGCAUCCAGAGGACAAAGAUAAGCUAAUUCGCCUCAAAGACCUCAUCGCCUGGCAGAUUCCUUUACUGGGAGCAGGAGUGGCCAUGCACGGAAAGAGGGUGACUGAUGACCUUCGACCUUUCCAUGACCGCAUGGAGGAGUGCUUUAACCAGCUGAGAAAGAAGGUGGAGAAAGAAUAUGGAGUGCGCGACCUGCCGGACAUGGAUGAACGGCGGUCAAGCCGGCCGCGUUCCAUGCUGCACUCAUACCGCCAGUCUAUCAUCUCCGUGUCCUCGCUUGGGGGGUCGGAAUGCGGCACCCCCACCAAAACCUACCCUGAAAGCUCCACCCUCCUUGAGAGCCCGGGAUCUUGGACCUCCACCACGCACAGGGGUGGCGGGAGUGUCAGCGUGCCGGAGGAGGCCACCAGCGAGGGGGAGGUGAAGCUGCGGAGGUCCAAGAAAAGAAAGAAGAUAAGCAGCAUGAUCUUCAUCACCGAGGAAAAAGAGAGAGCAAGCACAAUUGACAGGAGGUUGUCAAAGAAGCAAGAGUUUUGCAGUGACACCAACCUGAAUGAAACAAACGGGGCCGGCGUCACUUUAACGAACUCUCGAUCCUUGCCAACCAUCACAGGUCUGUCCCUCUCCGUGGCCAAUGCAGGAGAAGAAGGCGAGCCAAUCCGCUCUCGCCAUGAGAAUAAGAACAUGAGUCAGCCAUCUGACCGAACCCCAGACCGUCGCUCUAAAGGAGUCAUCAACCUGCUCUUCAAGACCAAGAUGGGCUCCAAGUCAGAGGAUGGAAAAUAUUUGCCGGACACGGCCGGUGACAAAGCCGGCACCCACUUCUGAUAGGAUGCAUAAAGCACUGCAUUUACUAGCUCUAAAUGCAUUUACUGCAUUUGAUUUAGUAGCUCUUGCAUUCGGCGGCUCUGUACUGUUCAUUCCUGAUGCUGACCAUUGUUUGUGCUAAAUAUGCUUUACAGCCAAAACAGUGAAAAAUAUUUAAUUAAAAUUUCUAGAAUUCCUGUGAUUUGAAAUGAGUAUUAAAACUCAUCCUGGAGCAUAGCACUCUGUUACUGUGCAAGAACAAACGGCCUAUGAAAGUGUUUUAUGCCAGACAACUUGUCUUUUUAUCUCUUGAAAUAAGUAUUGACUCACAGUAUUGAAGAGUCACAUUUCCCUCUACAUGGAGAAAUAAAAUAUGUAGAAAUUGCAUUUUUAUUCUAAUUUUUGACACUGUGUCUUGGGUUUCUGGCAUAUUAUGUUACUAUUCAGUAAUCACAAUUAAAGUUUGUGACUUACAAACAGUA